CAGGCGUUCGCUGCGGGCUGCAGGACGGGCACUGCACUAGCUGGUGCGUCGGGGCUGGGACAGGGACAAUGUUCAGUGUCAUCGGCGACAUGCACACACACAGGGGACCCCAGUAGGCAGGCUGAUGUGCCCGGGGAGCAGGACGCCAGAACUGAAGCCAGACAUAAGUGUGUGCACACAGACGUGUAGCCGGCCACACGUGUGUGGACUUGAAAAAGAGACUUUAGUUUUGGUUUUUGUUUUGGUUCCUGGGGUGAACUUUCUGCUGAAUAUUUUGCCCUCUUCUUUAAUUUCUUUUUUUUUUUUUUUGCAUUUUAAAAAAUUUGAAUAUAAGCAGUGGGCGAAUCAGACCUUUGAAAGACUGAGGUGUGCAGCGGACGGCAGAUGGAUCCCCUGGCCAGCAGCUGCAUGAGGAGCCCCCACCCACCAGCCCCGGUGUGGGGCUGCCUGCGGAAUCCCCACUCGGAAGGCGGCGGGGCCUCGGGGCUACCCCACUACCCGCCCACCCCGUUCUCCUUCCACCAGAAACCAGACUUCCCUGUGGCGGCGGCGGCGGCGGCAGCGUACCCCGACUUCUCGGCCUCCUGCCUGGCGGCCACCCCCCACAGCCUGCCCCAGGAGGAGCGGGUCUUCACUGAGCAGCACCCCGCCUUCCCACAGCCCCCCGACUGGCACUUCCCUGUCUCGGAGGCCCGGCGCAGGCUCGACCCCGGCCCAACCGGGGGCUCCAGGGAGUUGGGGGCCAGCAGCCCAGGCCUGGUGGACACCACGGGAGGCCCAGGAGAGGACUACGAGGUCCCUGGGAGCACUGCCAAUGAGACGGAGAAGAAGUCCACCAGACGGAAAAAGGAGAGUUCAGGUCAAAGUGUGGUUCCAGAACCGCAGGAUGAAGUGGAAGCGUGUGAAGGGCGGUCAGCCCGUCUCCCCUCAUGGGCAGGACCCCGAGGAGGGCGACUCUGCAGCCUCUCCAGGCUCGGAGUGAGAUUCUCCACGGAGAACAAAAGACUGAGGACUGGUCCCCCACCCAGCUCCCCCGACCCCAGUCCCCUCACCCUCUCCCACCUACCCCAGGGCAGCCUCGCCACAUCGUGCAGUGACUUUUGGAUAUGAGGCUGCCCGGCGUUCCUGGGAGCCUUGAAGUUUUCCAGAAAAUUCUGUCCAGCAUUGCUCUGUCUUAGCAGCGCUUUCCCCAGGGCCUUUGCUUCUCACAGUUCUUGUGGAAUCUUCCAGCGGCCAGACCGGACCUGAGUGAAUCCAGGGGGACAACUGCAAGGACACUGCUCCUCAGGGUCUCUCGGCUGCUGCCGCCACCUCCUGCCACCACCCUCCUGCCACCUGCCAGGCCUCCUCCAGGUCUGACACCACCUGGCUUGCAGGGAGAAGAGCCUUGGGACCUGCUGGUGACUCCUGAAAGCUAAUGCUUCUAAAGAAAAGGGUGACUGAGACACACAUGCACACACCUAGACCACCUUUCCUUUCCGGCUGUACAUCUGAGGGUUUGGGGGUCCUGAGUUGUCCCCAAAACCCCAGGAGAAGUCAGUGCGAGGAGAGUCGAGGACUGAAAUUCAGCUGCUGCAAAUCAGAAACCAUCCCUGUCUCCAAAUUUGCUGGCGGUCAGGUGGGCAAGUUUAUUAGCACUGGGAGCAGACAGGAAAACGGGCUGGUGCAAGUGUCUGCAGGCCUGUCGGCCCCGCCCCGUUCACACUGGCUUCGCUGGGGGCGUUGGAGGGAUGCGGGUGAGAAUGGACCCAAGACACCACCUGCGUCUUCAACACCAAUUCAGGAAUACAGCUGGGACUGCUGAGCGGUGCCCAGAGCCACGGAGCAGCUCUUCCUUUUAAAGCCACAGUUUCUGUGUUGAAAAAGCAUGCAGAGGCUCACAUCAUUGAGCCGAGGGCUGGAAAGUGUCCACUGUGUUCUAGGGCUGCUGGGUGAAGGCCUAGAAAUGCUGAACCCUGGAGAGGAAGGUUCUCCAGCUGCAGUGUCCUGUGCUUUCAAAAGACUCCGGCUGCAAAGGAGGCAGAAAACAACAAAACAGUCGCUCUUUCUCCGCGGGAUGCAUUUGAGCCCCUCCCAUGGGUUCCAUAGAUGCUGUUAUCGGGGGAGGCACUGCUAAGUUUACGUGCGUGGACUGCCCACGUCCUCUGGGGUGACACCCCAGGACCGAUGGCCAAACAGGCUGGGGCAACCGAAGCCUCGGAGAGACCCCCUGCCUGCCCAGUGCUCUGUCUCCCAACACCAGCUGCUGUCGCACAGGGAGGUCAGCAGGAGUUUGCAUCUCUUGUAUGUAUAUUUAAUCAUUCACUUGUAGAGAGAACCCCACCUCCCCAUCCCCAAGGACGACUGUUGUGGGAAAUGAUUGCCAAAUGAGAUGCCGGUUAGAGCAUGCGUCGUUUUUUCUAAGGCAUACUUCAUGUAUUUUCUUAAGAUUGCAUCAAGUUAACUGUGCAAGGUCAAGUCACUUAGUAAGAAAACUCUUGGAGAAAUAAAAUCAGUUACAAAGCGAA